CUUUCUCCUUCAUUCCCAUUUCCACUAUAUAAGAAGAAGAGAAGAAAGUUCGUCUCUUUCUUAAUUUAGAAGAUAGACAGAGUACAAGCAACCGAACCCAUCAUCAUUUCGUUAGAGCACCUCCAACAGAGGUUUAUGUGAGGUUCGUCGAUGGGGUUCAUAGCCUAUUUUGGAAUUAAAAUAAAAAAAAUUUAAUAAGAAUGAAGAAUCGCAGAGAGUUUGAAAAACCUCAGCUGGUGAACCUCACUUGCAGACGUGGCGAAUUUCGUACCCUCUAUCCUUCUUGAAAAAAAAAUUCAUUUCCUCUUUUGUUUUUCACUCUCUCUCCUCUCUCUUCUUCAAAAUUUUAUUAAUUUAAUAUUUGGGUUGAACCCCAUAGAGAGUUCACCAUUGAAGGUGUUCUUAGAUCCGAGUCUUUCUACUUCUUUCUCUUUCUAUCCAAUACACUCCACUCUGGAUUUUCCCGCGAUAUGUCACUGUCUCUUUCAAAUCUAGGAGCUACUCUUGUGUGAGCAAUGAAGGGAAGAUCAGAUGGAGGGAAAAAGAAACGUGUGAUUGCUUUCGUCUGCGUUGCAGCAUUAGUUCUUGUUUUCGUUUAUCUCUUCUACGGCUCCUCUGAUCAUAGAGCAUCAGCUAUUGAGUACGGGAGAAAACUAGGCUUAGGUGGUGAUGAAGAUGAGACCAUACAGGAUGAUACUUCCAGCUCGUUUGGUCUUGAUGAUGGUUUCACGCCGAGAAGUUUUUCUGUGUGUGAUGAUCGGCAUUCAGAGCUUAUUCCUUGCAUAGACAGGAAUCUCAUAUACCAAAUGAGACUGAAGCUGUAUUUGUCGUUGAUGGAGCAUUAUGAACGCCAUUGUCCUCCUUUUGAAAGACGAUUCAAUUGCUUAAUUCCUCCUCCUAAUGGAUAUAAGAUUCCAAUUAAAUGGCCAAAACGUAGAGACGAAGUGUGGAAAGUGAACAUACCUCAUACUCACCUUGCACAUGAGAAGUCUGACCAAAUGAUGGUUGUCAAAGGAGACAAAAUUAAUUUCCCUGGUGGUGGCACAAAUUUUCACUAUGGGGCUGAUAAGUACAUUGCUUCCAUGGCUAAUAUGCUAAACUUUCCGAACAACGUUUUGAACAACGGUGGAAAUCUAAGGACAGUUUUUUAUGUUGGUUGUGGUGUUGAUAGCUUCGGUGGUUAUCUUCUAUCAUCAGAUAUCCUGGCUAUGUCAUUGGCUCCAAACGAUGUGCAUCAGAACCAAAAGUUUUCUCUUGAGAGAGGCAUUCCUGCCUCCCUCGGUGUUUUAGGGACAAAGAAGCUCCCAUACCCGAGCAGAUCUUUUGAACUUGCUCACUGUUCACGUUGCAGGAUCGAUUGGCUUCAAAGAGACGGGAUUCUUCUUCUUAAGCUAGACAGAGUGCUCAGACUUGGUGGUUAUUUUGCUUAUUCAUCUCCAGAGGCUUAUGCACAAGAUGAAGAAGACCUCAGGAUCUGGAGAGAAAUGAGUGCUCUUGUGGAGCAUAUGUGUUGGAAGAUAGCUGCAAAAAGAAAAAAAACUAUUUGGCAGAAACCUUUGACAAAUGAUUGUUAUCAUGAAAGAGAACCAGGAACUCAGCCUCCUCUUUGCCGUUCUGAUAAUGACCCUGAUGCUGUAUGGGGAGUAAACAUGGAAGCUUGCAUAACUCCUUACUCUGACCAUGACCACAAAACAAAGGGAAGUGGGUUAGCUCCAUGGGCGGCUCGGUUAACCUCUCCUCCUCCUAGGCUUGCUGAUUUUGGAUACUCAACUGGCAUGUUUGAGAAGAACACGGUAUAUUGGAGGCAGAGAGUAGAUAGUUAUUGGGAACUCUUGAGUCCUAGAAUCAAAGCUGAUACAGUGAGGAACAUAAUGGACAUGAAAGCAAGCAUGGGAUCAUUUGCUGCUGCUCUGAAAGAAGAUGUUUGGGUAAUGAAUGUUGUUCCCGAGGGCGGACCGAACACGCUUAAACUGAUAUAUGAUAGAGGUUUAAUGGGAGCGGUUCAUAGCUGGUGUGAAGCAUUCUCGACAUAUCCAAGAACCUAUGAUCUUCUCCAUGCUUGGGACAUUAUAUCAGAUACUAAGGAAAAAAGGUGUAGUGAAGUUGAUUUGUUACUUGAGAUGUAUCGAAUAUUGCGCCCAAGCGAAUUUGUAAUCAUAAGGGAUAGACAGAGAGUGGUGGAUUUGGUGAAGAAGUAUCUUAAGGCAUUGCAUUGGGAGGAAGUAGGAACCAACAUAGAUUCAGAUUCAGAUCAAGAUUCAGACAAUGUUGUAUUCAUUGUCCAGAAGAAGUUGUGGUUGACUAGUGAAAGCCUUAGAGAUAUGGAGUGACGAACCCACACGAGAUACAUAGACAUUACGACCGACGAGAGUAUACACCCAAGAAAGUUCUUUGUUGGAGAAACAUUAAUUUGUUGUUUUUCUUAUAAGAAUUGUUUCAUUUUUACAUU